UCCAAUUUUGCCUGUUGUUGCCUGUUACUCAGUCUGUAAAGUCGUUCGGUGGUUGUGCCCUUGGACCACCGUCGAUUUUUCUUUCAUCUAAAUGAAUAAUUAUCACUUUUCAUAGCUGACUGUAGUCAGAAAACAUUGGAUUUUUCAUACAUCAUCGUAUCGUUCACGUUGGACUUAAACUUUAACGGAAAAUUGAUCGGAUUUAAACCACAGAUCUGUGUGACCUAGUUAACCCGGCAAACUUCCAGCUGAUCGUUAAAUAUGGAGGCAAAUCAACAUUUAGCUGACGACUAUAUUAGCGAUUUCGACCUCGUGCAUUUUGAGGUUCCAACAAAGUUGAUGAUUAAAAAGGAGUUGGAUGAAAAAUUUAGCGAGGGUUGUUGUGCAAAUUCAGAGAAAUCACCUAGUCAGCCCUUAACACCUCUAGACUCUGGACGAACCACACCGAUCAGCCCAGAUAGUCGGAGUGUGCCUUUAUCUCCGACGGGCAGCGAAGUUUCAGCUCCCUCUCCAGCAGCACUCCCUAAAUCAUUCAUAGAAGAUUUGUCAUGGCUGACACAGAACGUAGCCUUUCCUCAUGGUAAUUCAGAAAUAACUCCGGAUGAAGCUGUCGACGUGCUCAUUUCAUCGAGUCCAGAGUUCGUGCAGAGUUUCCAAAAGUACCUUGUGUCAGGGGCUAGACCAUUGUCACGACAGACGUCCACUCAGUCCCAAUCUUCACAGAACUCCAUACAAGUGUCUCAAAACGUGCUCCAGUUGUCGCAAAACUCUCAGAAAUGCGAGGAGGUGGACCCUGUAGAGCCGUUAAUGGAAAUGAUCAAGGAUGAGAUUCCCACACCGCCCGAGAGCCCAAUGGAUCAAGAGGUAAUGACCCCUGCGCCUUCGACUCCUCGUCGACGUAGGAGGGACACUUUUUCAUCGACUACAUCUGAAUGUGAGCUGGAAGAUGAAGACCUCGUCACACUUCCGGUAAGGGAACUUAAUAAGCGACUUCAGGGUUUGUCAAAGGAUGAAAUUCAACGUUUAAAACAAAAGAGGCGUACUCUGAAAAAUCGAGGGUAUGCACAAAACUGUAGAUCUAAGAGAAUGCAUCAUAAAACGCAAUUAGAACGUACGAACAAUUCAUUACUGGACCAAAUAGAUGCUCUUCAACAUCAUGUAUCCGUUCUAACGAGAGAAAAGAAUUACUUUAAGCAGCAAAAUGACCUUCUCAGGGCAAAAUUAGGAAUCCCUCCUACAAAAAGCAAUUCGACAGGUCAGUCUUGUGAGAGUUCGCUUUCAAGUUACCCAAGCUCACCGGAAUAUGGAAUCUGAUCCACAUGUGUAUUUGUGCUUUUAUAUUGUACAUGUGCAGACAAAUUUUUAACAGUUUGGGGAUAUUACGUGCUUCAUAAAUAUACCAAUGUAAGUAUCUGCUUUUCAUGUUUUUGAAAAUGACUCGGCACUUGUAAGAAAUACUUGCUGCUAAUUGAGAUAUUUUGAAGUGGCAAGACUUUUGAAGCAGACGUUAAUUCUUCUAACAAUGAUGACCAUAUAUUACGGUCAGUAUUAAAUAUGAGUAUAGUGAAGAAAAAACUUGAAAUUUGGCAGCAGACCAUUUCUUGGCACAGGGCAAUGAGUUGACACUACUUGUGAUAAAGAUGGGUUCGUUUUCUUCAUCGUUUAUACCUACGUCAACUUGUAAAUAGACAUUAAUUGUGUUUGUAUAGCUUUAUAAGAAACAAUGUGUAUGUAUACAUGUGAUAAAUAAUGCAUGAUUUUUUUUUCUUCAUUGAAUUGUAUGUAUAGAAUGUUUUGUUACAAAAAAGAGUUUUUUUUGUACGAGUGAUAAUGAAAUUGCAUUUACUACAUGUACUUAAGUGAGCAAAUGUGAUGUGAUAUUCAUUGUUUAUUCUAUCAUUUUUUUAAAGAAAAAAAACAAAAACAAAUGUAUAUAAAACAUACAAAAACACAAAAUAUAUUUUUUCCUAAGUGCAGUUUUAAUGAUCCUUAAGAGACGCAUUCGUGAUUAGUUACAUAGCGUGCAUUAUGUCAAAAAAGGAUUGUUUUUUGUAGUGUCAUAUAAAAAGUCAAACAUUUAAUGUCUUUUUUUUCACAGAACGUAUGUGCCUAUAUACUGUUUUGUUUUUCAAAAUGCAGAUUAGCAAAACGUCCUUCUUCAGUUAAUAUUGCCAUUUGCUACAGCUGCAUGUGUUAUAAUGUUGAUACAUAAUCUCAUUAUAAUGAUUUCAUAUAUAUGUUAUCACUUACUGAACUUAUUUCUUUUAUGUCAACAGAUUUUUUGUUGCAAUUUCUUUCCAGUUUCUACUCCAUCAUCAUUAUGAAUAACAAACUUACUUUUAAUGAAAUAGUUGUAUGUAGGCUAUCAUUUUCUUACAAUUAGUAGAGACUAUCGAUUUCAAAUCUAUGUCAUAGUGCAGACCUGUUAAACAGAAACAUUUUGUGUUGACAUAGAGAGAAGUUACAUAAACAGUAGCGUAGAAUAUUAUUUUAAAUGAAAAUGGAUGCACAAUGUUGUAUACGCUGUAGUUUGUCAGACAAGAGGAGGUGAAACACAUGUUUAUAAAUUACCGGCAUUCCUGGAUUCUACCAUCAUACACACAUACUGUGAGAGAUAUAUACAUUUUUUUAUAGUCACAGGCUUGCAGCGGAACAUGCCGACUCCACUUACGCUGAAUAUUGAAUGAAUCAGUGCUGACAGCUCUUCCAAGUGGUAAUGAAACUAAAUAUUGCAGUGUUAAACUGGUUUUAUUGCAUAUUUGAUUUCACACCAGAAUGUGUUUUCUUAUUCCAAUAUCAAAUAUUUAUAGUAUUGUAACACUGGCUAGAGUCUUUACCCAUUCAGCUUCUUUGCAUGCAUGUUCGAUCGGUAGCAAAAUAAGAAAGACGUAUAAGCUGUAGGGUUAGUAGAGAUAUAAUUGUGUGGUUAUUGACCUAACUGGGGAGCAUCAAUAAUGUAUUGUGUAAUGUUACGCUAGAAAAAAUAAGUGAUAUUUAGUGAAUGAUGGUCAAAUACAGCACAUUCAAUAUGCAGUCUAAACAAAACACGUUUUAUAUGCUCUCCUGGUUAACCAAGCGGUAUAUAAUACUAGCUGUAUGUAUGUGUGUGUAAGCUGUUAAUGUGUAUAUACAAAUGUAUAUUACAGAGCUCUGUCUAACGUACCAACUUGUUAUAGGGAGACGUUUAGUGUAUAUAUAAUAUAACUCUUCGUUGCAUACGGUUGUAUCGUAGCUAGCAAACGAGACAGGUUAAAGUUUUUGUGGUAUUAACACAGUCAUGUAUUAUUUCUCGUCAUACAAGUUUUAUGAAUCGGGCUUUUAUACUCCGUAUUUGUGUAUACAUUUAACAUUUAAACUCUUUUAAAGGGCUUGAAGUAAUUGUAUAAAUCCAAGAUUGUUUGUACGGGGAUAAAGGUGCGGCAUGUUUAAUAUAUUAUAUACCAUGUCGAUUUUGUAGUGUAGUGAAAGACUAGAUUAAGAUAGUGUGGCCUACUUUUACAAGGAUUUGUCUCUCUUUCAUUUUUUUGUCCAUUAAACUUUUUCUAAAAGUUUGUUACGUAGUAUGUAUACACGGUAGGCCAUACAGUUAAAAGGUACAUAUAUCAUAUUUGUAGCCUAUUAAGUAUUCAUUACCUUCAUUUAAGGUGUGUAAAUGGGAUUGCCACAAAUGUUAACAUAUAUCUAUGUAUUUAAAUAUGGAACACCUUUAACUAUCUUUUUAGUUAAUAUUCAAAACGCACAAAAAGCACGCAAACAUUUAGCCGGUAGAUCAAGUGUCCGAACUACAAAUCAUUACUUUGUGACCUAUGAAUGUAGAUAAAACAUUAUCAAUUAGCGAUCAAGAAAAAAAGUAAAAUAGAUUUGUUUGCCAUGAAUUUUAAAUCUCAUCUAUUUCGUCAAACUCACUGCAAGGGCUUAUCGUUACUCUGUAACACCAGUGAAAAAUUGACGUCAUAUUUGUGAUAAAUAUCGGACGUUUUACGUACAAUACCGAGUUGUGCCGACUAGAAUAACGCGUAAGUCAUUACAUGUAUGAACAUAUAAUUGAUUCAAUAUCCAUAUGCUGUUGUGCACCUUGUCGUAAAAGGUAUUAGUUAAGAAUUUCAUUAAUUGGUAUGUCCUUUACCAUUAUUUAUAUUAUUGUUAUAAAUUAGAUUUGAAAGUUGUCUGCAAGCAAUGUGUGUUACAUACUGUACAUGCCUUCUUAUUGGAUUUUAUGUACUAACUUGCAAUAUUAAGUGUACGCUGCCAUAAACAAGUUUUAAUAUUUAACAUAUAUUCUUCCGCCAGAGUAAUGCGGUCAAUUAAAAGUGUAAUGUGUUCUCCUCAACACAUGUUUCCCUGAUAAUGUCUUACACGGUUUGUUAAAGUCUGUAUGCUCUGUGAGAGUGAAGGAUAAAACAUUUAUAGGUUAAUUGACGUUAACUAAAUGUAUUACAAAUAUAUAUACACUCGUCUUAUUCAUCAUAGCUACUUCAGAUUUUCUCAGUUUUUUAACACUUUCUUAAUGCAGCCACCAUUUAUAAAUGUAUAGGAGUCACUGGCCAUGCAUGAAAGUUCAAAUAACAUAAUUAUAUACUUUAACAUUACUUGUUUACAUGAUGUUUCUAUGAAACGUUUUCAUUUCUCAAUUUUACAAAUUGUCAAUAUCAUAAUUAUUCACCAUUAUUCCAAGAAGCUCUAUGUCCCACAUCUCUUUAUCUGCCUUACAUAUUGAGAGGCCCGUUGCAGUUUGUUUAUUAUUCUGUAAAUGUUUAUCAUGCAUUUCUUAAGAUUUCUAUUAAGUAAAAAGAGGGCAAAAAUGUGAAGAUUGUUCUUUUAAUUGUUUUGCUGUUGUUUUCUUUCGUUCCAUUAUUCAUUUUUCUGGUUUUGGUUAUUCAUACAAAGGAAGCUUUAGAAAUAAUCGCGAAGGAUUUUAGGGUGAUAGGUAUUUCUUUUUAUUUUCAAAAUGAAGUUUUAUGUUUCGAUGCGGUUUCGGAUAUCCUCCCUUGAAUCCUUUAAAUAAAGAACAUUUAAACUCGACACUGCUGAAUAUAACGAAAGUUUCGAUUAUUUGCAUUGAUUAUGAUGCUCAUUUUUUAAAGAGAAACUCAAAAUUGUGCUGAAUCGGUUACUUUGACAGACCUGUUUUUUCAUUAUAAGGAAAAAAGUGAAUUCUUCAAUCCGCAUCUCCCAUUUAUUCAAGACUAAAACUAGGGCUCCAAUAUAAAUCGUAGUUGUUUAAUUGCUACUCUGGUUUACAGGUUUAAUUGCCGUCUUGAGUAAUAUUUUCUUCCGUGAUACCGGAAGACGACACUUGGGUUUAAACUGGUCCAUUUCCGGUGGUAAACCUGUAGUGAAGAAUACUGGGUAAAUGAUCAAAUAACAAUAACUAAAUGUCUUGUGACUAACCAACCCUAAGCCUGCUGUUUAACCCAUUUGACCUGUGCCGACCGAGACCAGCCGACACAACGGAGUCGUCUGAUUAUGACCUUCACUGUCUGCUACUAAGUAAUGGUGAAUGAUUGUGUCCAUUUAAGGUAUUUUAAAGCGGUGUAAGGGUUAAAAAUAAAGAUCUGAAGUUUAUAUCUACAACUUGUUAAAUUUAUGUACAUGUUUAUAUUGAUUGUUUGUUUGAAUUUAUAUAAUUCGUGAAAAAUGUUCAAUAUGAUUACAUUUAGUAGCUCGACAGUAUGGUGUUUGUUUUUUUGAAAAUGAAGUCUUUUCCUCCCAAAAAAUGUCGGAUGCCUUUACAUUUUCAUUUUUGUUCACCAUCUUUGAUACCUUAUGAAAGUGCUAUUUUUUUAUUCGGUGAUGUUGAAAAAUAAAACGUGUUGUAUUUCGUUGUUCAUGAUUGUGUCAAAUAUGUUUUGUAUAUUACUGUCACAUGUUUUAUUACUGUAUAAUUUUACAUUUGAAUGUUAUGAUCUUUCCUAAAUUAGACCUACUUGUAAACAGUACUUCAACUGUAGAUUUAAAUGAUAUUUUUGUUUCGUUUUUUUAAUCAAUUUAUAAUUUGAUCCUUGUUAAGUGACACUUGUUAAGAAAUGAAACUGCCUGUUGGAAAUUGACUUCAUUCCAGUAGUCAAAUAAUUACACCUGUAUAAAUUCAAAAAUAUAAAUAUAUAUUUAUAUACCAACGUAGCAUAAUACUACUAUCAGCUAGAUCUACAUGUAAAUGUGUAUUUAAUGUUAACACGCCAGUUGUUACUGAUGUGUGUUCAAGUUCAUGUAUUAUUCAGUGUUGAAACUAAUAUAGCCGUUGUAAAGCAGUGGGACAUUUUCUCACAAGAUUUUGCUGGUGUUUAAGUCGAGGCAAUAGCUUCUUAAUGUAAUGAGCAAUGAGUUUUUUCUUAGUUUUUGUUAAGAUUUGCAGCUGUAUUGUAUGUCACGGCUACAUUAAGCAACGGGGCUUUUCUCCCCCAGUUUUUUUAAAGGGAUUUAUUUAACUAGGCUAAUACUGUAAAUAAUGUUAAAAUUUAAUGUUAAAAACGUUUCAUUGUUUUAAAAAGUGAUAAUACCCCCUUGUUAUGACACGUUAGAUUUUGUUACAUUUCAAGAUUUAUAAAUAUUGUUAUAAGUGGCCGAUGCAACAGUCACAUUUUAAUCUUACUGCAUAUAACGAAGUGCAGUACAGUUAUUUGUAUACAUGUAUUAACUCGGUAUUCAAAGUACACUACUGUUUUUAUAUUGCUUUUUUGAGUUUUUUUAAGAUCAUUUAAUAUAUAUUUUGAUAAAAAAUCAUUGUACCUAUAUUUGAAUAAAGUAGUUGCGAUUAAUUCUUUGCAGGUAUACAUGUAUAAUACUACAAACAAUACCGAUUUUAUAACAUUGUUCACACCGGUAUUAAAUUGUCAACGCUUUGACAAACCAAAAUAAUUAAAUUAAUAAAUACAAGUAAUGUUUCAAUGUUAUCAAUCGAAUAACUCUUUUUGUUAAUCAAUUAUCGAUUUGAACAAAACUCUAAAAUAUCUAUAAAAUCAUAUAAUUAUGUAGAUUUUUUGCAUAUCAUUUUUUCCCUAUAUUAUAUGAAUUCAGUUUAAAAAAAAAAAACAACAAGAUUUUAUUAAAAAUGUUAUUACUUUGAUUGUCAGUGCUAAUUAUAAGAUAUUAGUUUAAAGUUAGUAUGCGGUGUUUAAAUCAUGCACAGUUAUCUCGUGUUGUUGCCGACGUUCGACACUGAUUGUUAUUGAAUUUUUGCAUUUUGCAAAUUUGUUAAGGAUAGUAUAUAGUCUUGUUUUGAAUCAGCAGUGUUGAGCAGAUAUAGGUAAAUAAUUGCUGGUAUUCAAUUUGGAGCAGUGUCACACACCACUUGUUGUUAAUAAUUGAUUUUGUCUUUUAAUUAUUUUUUAUUUCUCGAAAGAAAAGCCGACGCACAUAAAUCGUGCUGUUACACUGUAUUUUUUUCUGUUAUUGCAUGUUAAAAAUAUCUUUGUAUAUUUUAUGAUGUUUGUUGAAGAGAAUUUAUGCGUGAUAGACAUACUGUUAUUUGCUAUUACAAAUUUGUUAUGAGCAAAUUAAAAGUUUUCAAGAGACUGUGUUAAGACCAAGGCAGAAUCACAAUUGGAUCUGUUGAAAUGAAACUUGUAUUAUGUAAUUAAAUGCUAAAAUGACAAAUUGAAAAGUGUUGUUUAUAUAAUUACAUAGCAAGCAAAACAUA